AUGACUGAGAUAAACCAAACUGUUGUGGGGCCCUCGGAGCUCCCCAGGGCAUUAGCCUUGUCCCCUGAACCGGGCCCCGGGGCCCAGGCAUGGCCAGUGUUGGUGGGGGUUUUGCUGGGGGCUGUGGUUCCACUUGCUGUCAAAUGCCACCUCUGCCCCAAAUACCACACCAGCUACCAGCACUGCCCACUGCCUGAGACAAGAAAGGGUGUCCGCCUGGACGUGGGUGAAGAUGAGGAUGAUGACGGCUUCAUCCAGGACAAUUACAUUCAGCCUGGUGCCAGUGGGCUGGGGACAGAGGGUGGCAGGAACCAUGUCUCCCUCUGA